AUGGAAUUCCACUCGCACUUCCUGAAGAAGCCAUCGACCGUGAUGAUCCCAUUCCCUUUUAGCGGCGGUCAGCCGCGGAAGGGUGUGGAGAUGGGCCCGGAGGCCAUCAAGAAGGCUGGGCUCCAGCAGCAGCUCGAGUCGCUGGGCUGGGAGUACCAGGAAGACAACUCGAUCUCGUGGGACCAGAUCAACGAGAUGCUCAACGGCGAUGAAGCCAUUGGCAAGAUGCGCAACCCACGUUCGGUCUCGAAGGCUAGUGAAGUCCUUGCGGACGCCGUAGAAAAGCAUGCUAAGGCUGGCCACUUGCCUCUGACGGUGGGUGGUGACCACAGUCUUGGCACAGGCACAAUGAUCGGUACAGCGCGUGCGUACCCGAAUGUGGCCUGCAUUUGGGUCGAUGCUCAUGCCGACAUUAACACCCCUCUGACUACGCCGUCGGGUAACCUGCACGGCUGCCCUGUGGCGUUUGCUUUGGGUCUGGAGGGCGCAUAUGUCGAGCCUUACAAGAGCUGGCUGCCUAACCCGCCGAUCAACGACACAAACCGUCUUGUGUACAUUGGUCUGCGUGACAUUGACGAGGGUGAGCGCAAGAUCCUCAAGGAGCACAACAUUAAGGCGUUCAGCAUGCACCAUGUCGACAAGUAUGGCAUUGGCAAGGUGGUGGAGAUGGCGCUGGCUCACAUCAAUGGAAACACUUCGCGUCGUGACCGCCCUAUCCACUUGUCGUUUGACGUUGAUGCGAUGGACCCCAGUGUGGCCCCGAGCACUGGUACGCCUGUGCGUGGCGGUCUGACGUUCCGUGAGGGUCACUACAUCUGUGAGGCCAUUGCCGAGACGGGUGCCUUGGUGGCUAUGGAUAUGGUGGAAGUCAACCCCUCGCUCGAGUCGCAUGCGGCUGAGCAGACGAUUGCGGUGGGCUGCUCGCUGAUCCGUGCGGCAUUGGGCGAGACGCUGCUGUAA